GGACAGGAGGGUGCACCUCCAAGAGGAUCAGGCAGGAUGAGGACUGAAAACUGUCCUCAAGCUUGGGCCCCAAGGAGGCCUGGGGAUAGCUAUGUAACCCCAGCAGUGUCCAUGUGUCUGUGGGGACCUUAAAGGAUGUGCGGUGGUCGGAGCUGUGACUGGGAGGACAAAUCCUGGGCACUUCGGUAAAAGAAAGGUGUUGAAUGGGAAAGCAGCAACAUGGGAAGUAAGGCCAUAGUAAACCCAGGUGUGAAGGAACCGUUUGCCAUGGAAGCCAGGGAGCUGGAGAGCCCCAUACCCACAUACCAUCUCAUUCCUGAGGCUGGCCAGCCGAGAGAGGAAGAAGAUGUCCGCAUGCUACCUCAGCGGUCCACAGAAACUAUGCAGCUGAAGAAGGAGAUCUCUCUGCUGAAUGGGGUCAGCCUGGUGGUGGGCAACAUGAUCGGCUCAGGAAUCUUUGUCUCACCCAAGGGCGUGCUGGUCUACACUGCCUCCUACGGGUUGUCGCUGAUCAUAUGGGCCAUUGGUGGGCUUUUCUCCGUCGUGGGUGCCCUUUGCUAUGCAGAGCUGGGGACCACCAUCACCAAGUCCGGGGCUAGCUACGCUUAUAUUCUAGAGGCUUUUGGGGGCUUCAUUGCCUUUAUCCGCCUAUGGGCCUCCCUGCUAAUUGUUGAGCCCACCAGUCAGGCCAUCAUCGCUAUCACUUUCGCCAACUACAUCAUCCAGCCCUCCUUUCCCACCUGUGAGCCCCCGUACCUGGCCUGCCGUCUCCUCGCUGCAGCCUGCAUGUGUCUGCUGACGUUUGUGAACUGUGCCUACGUCAAGUGGGGCACACGUGUGCAGGACACGUUCACUUAUGCCAAGGUCCUGGCACUCAUUGCCAUCAUUGUGAUGGGCCUUGUUAAACUGUGCCAGGGACACUCUGAGCACUUUCAGGACGCCUUUAAGGGUUCCUCCUGGGACGUGGGAGACCUCUCUCUCGCCCUCUACUCUGCCCUCUUCUCUUACUCAGGUUGGGACACCCUUAAUUUUGUAACAGAAGAAAUCAAAAACCCAGAAAGAAAUUUGCCCCUGGCCAUUGGGAUUUCUAUGCCAAUUGUGACGCUUAUCUACAUCCUGACCAACGUGGCCUAUUACACAGUGCUGAGCAUUUCAGAUGUCCUUGGCAGUGAUGCCGUGGCUGUGACAUUUGCUGACCAGACGUUUGGCAUGUUUAGCUGGACCAUUCCCAUUGCUGUUGCCCUGUCCUGCUUUGGGGGCCUCAACGCAUCUAUUUUUGCUUCAUCAAGGUUGUUCUUUGUGGGCUCCCGUGAGGGCCACCUCCCAGACCUUCUGUCCAUGAUCCACAUUGAGCGUUUUACACCCAUCCCUGCUUUAUUGUUCAAUUGCACCAUGACACUCAUCUACCUCACUGUGGAGGAUGUCUUCCUGCUCAUCAACUACUUCAGCUUCAGCUACUGGUUCUUCGUGGGCCUGUCUGUCGCUGGACAGCUCUACCUUCGCUGGAAGGAGCCCGAGCGGCCCCGGCCUCUCAAGCUGAGCCUGUUUUUUCCCAUCAUGUUCUGCAUAUGCUCCUUGUUUCUGGUGGUCGUGCCCCUCUUCAGUGACACCAUCAACUCCCUCAUUGGCAUUGGGAUCGCGCUCUCUGGGGUCCCUGUCUACUUCCUGGGUGUUUAUCUGCCAGAGUCCCAGAGGCCACUCUUUAUUCGGAAUGUCCUUGCUGCUAUCACCAAAGUCACCCAGAAGCUUUGCUUUUGUGUCCUGACUGAGCUAGAUGUAGCUGAAGAGAGACAGGUUGAGAGGAAAACUGAGUAGUGGCCAGAGGCGAUAUCCCCUGAGGCCUGGAAGGCUGCUACAUGUGGCCACAGCCACCAAAGUCCAGAUGACAAGACUGUGUGCACUCAAUCCUCUUGUGCUCAAGGAGGGCUGUUGGCCCACAUUAUGUAAGGGGGCUCAGGGCUGAUGGCCUGCUCAGGUGGUCACUCUUAUCGGUAAGCUAUGGGAGGAGUCUCAGGGUCUGGGGCCAGCCUGAAAGUGGGGACUUCAGAAGGUGGUGGUGGGAGAGGGCUUGGGGGAUAGGGGAAUGGUUGUUUAGUUUUGUUCCUGGUGAGUAGGUGCAGCCUUUACAAACACUUGGUGAGUUGCAUUGGGGGAAGAGGGAGUGCUAGGUUAAUAGCUGUGGCUGGUGGUUGCUGACUUUGAGGUUUGAACAAGAGUCUCUAUAAAGGGGCUGCAUGGGAAGUUUUCCUCUGACCAGCUCCAAGUACCUGACUCGAGAGGCCUGAAAUGCUACCAUUUCUUCCUCUGGCUCAAAAUCCUUCCCUGGGGAGAGGGUUGUAUUCCAUUAUUUAUUGAUAUUAUUUAGUCCAGAACACCAGUUCUAGCAAAGCAUUGGUGUUCAUUAAUCUACAGGAUGCAAUAGGCUGAUUGUAUUUAAAAAUUCAAAGUACCCCAAAGUGAGUCCCUCUGACCUUAGAGGUGUCCAUGUGGUGGUGGGUCAGGCUUCGACCACAGAUUUUUUUGCUCAGUUUCAACAUCAUCUUCUGUUGAGUCUUACCUGCAGAGGUGAACUUUAAAAAUUUUUUACUCAUGUACUGGUUACACUUUAGUAUAUAGAUAGGUCACAUGUUACAAGCACCUGGCUCAAGUUCAGCAAGUACAGAUGAACAAAUUCAUGAGUCAGAAGCCUGGUAAUACUACUUUGAAGGAUAAUCCUUUAUUUUACUUGAGACCCUAGGUCUUUGUUCUAGUUGACAAAAAGCAAAUGCCUGGAUUUCUGGUAUGACCUCUUAAGAGGGCAGAAGCUGUCCUAGGAUUCAGGUGAAUCACUUGAAUUCCUUCAGCUGUCAAUGGCUUAGAGAACAUCUCCUGGACCCGAGCCAACAAGUAGCUUGUUCCUCUCUGUAAGGGCCGGUAUGAGGGCCUGCUGUGCAGACCCACACAAGCCCAUCUUGGUGCUAGAAGUGGUCAUUUUUCUGAGAACCUCACACCAGGCUGCAUCCUCCUCCUCUUCUGUCCUGACACCAGGCUUUGUUUACACUGAGCCACCGUGGUGUGGAUCAUCAGGAUAAUGCACUCCUCUCCUGCCUGCCUCCUUUUGCCUGAGGUCUGGUGGGGCUGCAGUCUCAGGAAGAGCUUGGUACUUGCGGCAACUUCUGUUUUCUCCCUGCGGAGAUCAGUGAAGACUCUGGAAAUAAAGCUGCUUCAACCUCCAUCUGGCUCUUCAGCAGACUCAUGAUCAGAAGCAACUAAUCCUGGUGCUCAGGCUGCGCUUUAGCACCCAGAUCUGGCCAAAGUGGUAGGUUUGGCCUAAUGGAUGUUCCUUCAUGGGCAGCCUUGCUGCACUGGAUUGGAUAACUGUCCGGAGAUGCUUCCAGACGCUGUCAUCCUGGACCCAGAAGAACCUGCUGGCUUGGUAUGCUCCAUGAGCUUCUUAUCCUUAGGUUUGAAAUUGGUCAAUGAUAAAGACAGGAACUGUGAGGCAGUCUACCUUUCUGACCAUUCUCCAUCAAACUGGCCCCAGUUGCAGACAAGGGAGUAACCUUGGUCAUACUUGCUCAAUAAAGGCAAUUUAGGAGAGCAUGCUCACAGCUGCCUUUGGUUCAGGGCAUGGGAGUACAUUCCUACUGUCAUGGGUUGGGGAUUUGCCUGACAACAGGGAGUCUUGUGCAAAGGCUGACUUGCCCAUACUAUGUAAACAUGACUCCUGUCUGACCCAAGCUGGCACCUAUCCCAGGGAUCCUCUGGAGCUAAUCCUUCAAGCAAAAUGCACUUGUCUUGAAGGAACCCUGACCCAGGCUUUCGUUUUCUCCACUGAAGUAAAUGACCAGCUAAUCUCAGGAACUUGUUGCCUCCCAGUGGCUCCCAGCGGGGAAGCAAGGGCCUCCCACUCCAGGUGUGCUAGUGCUUGCUUAGUGAGCCAUCUUUACCAGAUGUGACCACACUCUUCCCCCCUGUGCUGGAUACAGACUUCUCCCAGGAACCCUUCUGAGAGGGAUGCCAGAGACCCUCUACAGCACUCAAGCUUCCUAGUGGAAUUAAUUUUUGCCAGGUCUUUGUUGUUUGUUUCCUUCAGUCUUUCUCCUGCUGUGUUAAUCCCUCUUGCAGUGGGUACAGUCUGUAAGGUGGUCAGACCUUUAAUGUUGGCAAACUUUAAUGAGUACAUUAACAGCAGUGAGCACAUUAUAAUGGCUGAGUGGUUUUUAAUCCUUUGUUUCUAUGCCUACAGGAGACUGAGGUGACUUGUAUUAGACUUGUAAGUUACUGCCUAUUACUUGCAGCACUGAACUGCACCUUAGUGGAUAGUUAGGUUGGGAAACCAAGUCUGUUUGUUGGUUUUAUAACAGCAGUAGUAGGACCCUAGUAUACAUACACAUGGAAAUUAAUCACUUUAGGAGGUUUAACAACUCCACGUAGAUAAGAAUAUAAAGAUGUACAAAAAAUAUAAAGUGAAAUGGGUGGAAGAAGGAUGGGAAAGUAGAGAUACUUAUGAAAUCUUAGAGUUGGCAGGAAGACAUCUCCUUAUGUCAUUUAUCUUGCCAUGUGAUAAUAAGUCUGUGCCACAGGGCAGGAGGGCACACCUUGAUUCAAAGGUUCUGUGUUGCCGAGACCAGCUCGGCAACUCGAGGUGAGUGACGGGUGCCGCAAGCUUAAAGAAAACACAGACACAGAUUUACGAGAAAGAUGGGACCGGGGGACUCAAGACCUCUAGGAUCAAGAGCCUUGCUGAUUGAUCCCACGUUGCUUUUAUUGAGUUCUUGGCAUAGCCUAAGGGUCUAACACUCCCAGUUUAGUCCCACAAACAAGGUUAUCUUGGAAAUAAACAAAGGCCUCACAUGACUGGGGCAAUGAUCUUUGUUUGCCUCCUGGGUCUGAUUUGAGCAGGGUGUGGAUCUGAGUUGGGCGUGGAUUUGAGCUGGGCGUGGAGAGCAAAGCAGCCCUGGGGGCAGGAGACCUCUCUCAGAAGGAUUAAGGGUCUGUGCCCCACCCCUGUUGGCCCCUCUGCGACUGUGCCUGUCUUAGGUUGUUCCUCCCCUGAGGAAUCUUACCCAUCUCUGGCUAACCAGCCAUCCUCCAGGGCCAAACAGGGUGAUAUGAGGUGUGCAAGUGAGAAAGGGGCUGCGCCCCCAGAGAGGGUCAAUAUUCUGUUUCCACGGUAGCCUAUGCCCCCAUGGUCUCCACGCCCAGCACCCUUAGUUCCUCCACUGCUCAAGCAGGACAUUCUGCAUCCAGUCACUCGGCCCACAUA